GAAGUCAAACCGUCUUCUUGUUCUCGCGUAAUGACGCAGAGAGAAGACGGACGGAUGUCAAAGCCGCACCAGAAAUACACAGCAAAGACAUGAAAAUGUUUAUUACAGCUGUGUUACAGCUUUGUUUGUUGGGGUGCGUCAGGAGCUGGGAUGACGGUAGUGUGCUGCUGCGGGACGUUCAGGCAUUGACUCUGUACAGGAAUCGCUACACUACAGCGAGGCGUUCCAGCCCAAUUCUUCAGCUGAAGUGUAUCGGAGGCUCAGCAGGCUGUCAGGCCUUCAUCCCACAAGUGGUCCAGUGUCUGAACAAAGGCUGGGAUGGGGUGGAUGUACAGUGGGAGUGCAAGACUGAUAUGGACAACAUGUACCGGUUUGGUCACACUGAGGUGAGCUGUGAGGGCUACAGUCACCCUGCUGAUGCCUACAUACUGAAAGGCUCCUGUGGACUCGAGUACACCCUGGAACUGACUGAAGAGGCUAAGAGGAGGGCUCAAGGCAGCUGGGGUUCCAACGGUGAAUCCAGAGGAUUUAGAGGUCUUGGUGGAUUUGCCUCCUGGGUCUUUAAUGGUUUUUCUGGAAAUGGGCAUCAGCAUCAGAGCUCAAACCGCCCAGGCAGUGAGGACCCUGGAAGCCUCCUCGUUGUUGCAGUGCUUCUGCUCUUAGCCUUUGGCAUCUACAAGCUGUUCCUCAGUGACAACACAGCCAGGCCGAUGCAAGGUGGUGAACAGGCAGGGUAUACCAGAGAGGGUCAUCACGGCUCCAUGGCAGGACCACCCCCCCCAGGUUUCAAACCUGACUUCACAGACUAUCCUGGUGCCAACCCAGACUACGGUUUCCACAGUAGUUACAAACAACAGUACCCAGGAAGUCAGGCUGCUCCCAGCACAGGUGGGGGCUUCUGGACUGGUCUUGGAACAGGAGGGGUGCUGGGAUAUCUUUUUGGUCGGCAGAGAAGCCAGCCCUACAACUAUAACUGCUCCAGUUAUACUGACAGCAGUCGUCCUCUUGCUAGGGACCCAUCCUCCUCUGGGACACGCAUCACCUCAGGUUUUGGGGGAACCAAGAGAAGAUAGAGGCUGUGGAAGAGGACACUUCCUCUGUGAUGGAUGACAAUGACAGAAUUCGAACUGGUACACAAAACAAAGUUGAGCUCAGUGUUUGCUAGUUGCAUCAGAAGAACCCAUCUUUAUUUAAACUGGCAAAUAAGUAAACACUCAUGUCAAAGAAGACACAAUGUUUUUUACAUUCUUUUGUCUCAGUGUUUUAAUUGCCUUUAUUUACUAGCCCCCAUACCUUUGCUUUCAAUAUUCUCUAAUUACAUCAGUUUAAAUGUGUAUUUAAACAGUAAACAUGCUUUUUCUCGACAGUUCAUUCAUGAGAUCAUCUUCUGAGGGGAAAGGAGUAAAAGAAAGUGUCUUUUUUUGUUCAGAUUUUCCGUAUUUUUACUCUUCAUUGUAAUUGAAAACUGAAGCACAUUCAUAAUGCUGAAGUGCUCAUUGUCAGAUAUGUGUGUGGUGAAGCAGCAGCAGCGCUCUCCGCUGUCCACAAACUGAAAUGUAAAGCUUACAGCCUUUUUCCAGGGUGUCACCUAUCCAAGUUCCAACCAAGCCCAACCCCGCUCCACCCAUUUAAAAAGUUUUCAAUUCAAUUAUGCAGAUGACCACUGAUGGUCAGAACAACAUGCAUAUUCAUUUUGCAGUCAUAUGGAUCACAAUGCACAACUUAAAAAGACAAUGAUAAAGCCAAACUUUAUUCAUUCAGAGUGAUGAUUUUUGUACAUUUGUUACAAUUGAUACAGUUGAUACAUGUAAGAGACAGGCCGUUAAUCCAAGAAAGAUCCAGUUGCAUUCAGUUCUCUUAUGGCUCUGGGUUAGAAGCUGUUUUUCUUAUGUGACUGCCUGACGGUAGUGGGUCAAACAGAUGGUGUUCACUAUGAGAUUGGUCCUUAGCAGUGUUUGCUGCUCUACUAAGGCAGCAAGAGCUACAUAUGUCCACUAAAGACGGUAGUGAACUGCCGAUGAUCAUCUGGCCGAUGCUGACGUUCCUUUGAAGGGCUCUAAUGUCUGCUGCUGGUGAACCACACAAUGAUACUCCCACCUGGGAGAAAACAGCAACAAGUCGUAAACACAAUCCAUUAUCCACUGAGUGGCACCUCUAGAAAGUUUUGUAGGGGCAGGCAGAUUGGGCCAUAGAAAAUCUUUGGGUCAUGAAUCAACAAAAGCCAUUGUUGAAUUUCAGGAAUUCUACUUUGUUGAAUUCUACUUUGUUCUACUUGUUGUCUAGUGGCUUGUUACAGAACAAAAACAAAAUUGCAUAUUGUGGUAUCUUAUUAUACAGUUAAUGUUAUUGGACCUGAUGUGGAUAGAUCAAUACUGUUUCAGUUAAUAUUUUAGUUAUUUGGGUGACAAUGCUUUAGAAUCGCCUACGAAAAUGCUGCAGUUCAUUUGACUUCACCUAUAUGGAAACAUUUCCACAGUUUGUUGAAGUUUUCUUAAACAAUGAAAAUUCUGUCCAUAUAUGAUGGUAACUGAUCUUACUAUAGCCACUUACGAUGCUAUUUUCAUUGUUAGUAAGCUACCUGUUACCAUAGUUUCAUAGGUACUGUAAUGAUUACAGACAGCACAUUCUAUAAUGAACCCACAUGCCCUGUAAUGUUCUUGCUGUGAAUGUCCUGCUGUGAAAUGGAAAAUGCUAAAUGAAGUUUGUUUUAGUGUCUAAACAUCUGGCUUUGUUGGGCGCUAUGGUUGAGAAAUACAUGCCAAAUGCUUUUAUGAGAGUACUGGCUUGUUUUUUUAAAUAUAUUUUUUAUUCAGAUUUUCAUUUUUUAAACAGAAAACACACACACACAAGAAAAAAAAACACUGCCAGUUCACAUUCACAUAAAGUGCAAACAGUUUACAUAUAAGCCAUAUGAUGCACAUUGAAGGUUCCAGUGGUCCAGAAUGAGUUCACUUCAGUCUUUUGAGGAUAUAGGCUGACUCCUCCUAUUCUUUAUGUGCUCCAUAAAUGGUCCCCAGAUUUUAAGAAAUUUGUCAUGAUUGUCAGACAAUUUAUAUCGAAUCUCCUCCAAAUACAAACAAGAUGUCAUGUCGUUAAGCCACUUAUAAUAGCUGGGCAGAGUACUGGCUUGUUUAGAUAAUAAAGUACACCACGUUGUCUGCAACUUUACUGGUUUGAAUGUAACUUUACCAGUAACCUCUGUGGUGUCAGCGCUAACAGUUACCUGAAUAAUUUCUUUUGGGUUUUUAGUACUAUCUGCAACUGAGAGAGAAAUAACAUCAGACUGUUUUACCAGUGCCCUGCUCCUGCAAAUAAACGGCAGAUUUGGUGCCAAAGAGUGAA